AUGGUUAAUAGCUAUACAGUCCUGCGGGAGAAAGCGGAAAAAGCAGUGAAAUACAAGACGCCAAGAGGCAAAGAAGUGUGUCUGACAAAGGAGGUGUAUCUUCGCGAUGAUGUGCCUUGUAGAAGUUCUCUUUGUCCAAAGGCCGAAUGCCAUCAAGGUGGUCGUUGCUUUCCGGAAAGUCUUAAAACAUAUAUUCUAGUUGAUGGAUUUUACGCUCUCAACUACUGGGAAGUAUUUGAACUAGAGAGCAUACAAGGGAUAAUUGUCACCCUUUCGUCGGCUAAUUUUGUCCAGCAACACGCUUCAACAAAGCGCCCUUAUAACAGAAUCCGAUCAAGCCUUGAGGAUGCGGGCCAAAAUUGCAUUCUCUUUGAUAAUGAGUUUCAUCGUUUCUGUUUCCGUCCUCCUUAUGCAGAUGAGAGCAUUAAGGACUACACUACCAGAAUGAACUGGGUCGCUGCAAACUGGUAUGACGAACACUUGGGAGGACGUAUGUCCGUUGUUUUUGUAACCGAUAAUGAGAACUACGUUACCAUUUGCUCAUCCAAAACGAAUUACUCCUCGUCUGCAGUAAUUGUCUUGAAUUUACCGGAGUUCCUCCAGACCUACUACCCCACCCUAACUACUGCCAAGCUGUUGUUUGAUUCCCUGGAUGCAUCACUUCAUGCUUCUGAAGCAAAAGAGCACCUACAGCUGCCUGGAGAAAACCUAGACGGCGAAGCUCCUGCAGAACCACUGGACUCUUAUUUAGUACCUUCAGCACCUGCACCUGGUCAUGCAUAUCCAGCGUAUUUACCUGAAUCAGCUUUGGUUGCGGGUCUGAGGUCAGGACAAUUUCUGCGUGGAAUUCUACGUGUGUCACGUUUUAGACCAAACACUGAAGCUAUGGUUGCACUAACAGAUGCUAGUGCAAUUAAACAUCAACCGGAACUAAAAGAAGCAUUAGCUGCUCGAAGUGAGAUAAUAAUUCAUGGACUACAGCAUCGUAACCGAGCUGUUGACGGAGAUGUGGUUGUAAUACGCUUAUUGCCUCGUGCUCAGUGGAAACCUGUUUCGUCUAAUAUUAGUGCUCAAGAAAACUGUGUAGCUGAAGUUGUAAACAGUGCUUCGAAUAUAUCCGAGAGUAAACCCGAUCAGAACUGCAUUGAAUCAAUACCAGUAUCAAGUAGCUUACCUUGUGGUUUUGUGGUUGGAAUUGUUAAUCGAAAUUGGCGUGAUUAUGUUUGCACGUAUAUUACCAAAUCCGCUGAGGAUUUCCCAUAUCCGAAGUGUGAAAGUGGAUGGAUUGUAGUUACCCCAUGGGACCGACGCAUUCCUCGAAUACGACUGCAUACUACACAAAUUUCCAAGUUAGCGCGUGAACGUUUUGUCGUGCGUAUCGAUUCUUGGGAUUCAAACUCAGCUUAUCCAAGUGGUCAUUUUGUCCAAUGUCUAGGUUGUAUUGGUGAUCUGGAAACGGAAACACAAACGAUACUUAUUGAACAUAAUCUGGCUAUCCGGAACUUCACAGAUGCACAGAUAGCGGAACUGGCUCCUCUCAGUGUUCAACGCCCUUGGAAGGUCGAUCCGAUGGAAGUUAAGAGACGCAGAGAUCUUCGAUCACCAAUAGUUUCCGGAAUCCGAAUUCUGAAGAUGUACUUAUUUUUAGUAUUGAUCCUCCUGGAUGUCAAGAUGUGGAUGACGCCUUAUCGGUCAAAUGGUUAUCACCAGUAG